AUGCUGUCCAUGCAGACUUUGUUCACUUCGCUGCUGCUCGCUGGAAGCACCUUCAGCGCGCAGGUUGCGGCGAAGACGGCCUCCCACAAUGGCGAGAAGAUUGCUCCCAAGGUGUUCAUUGUCUCAAUGUUUGAGCCCGAAGCUCAGGCUUGGUGGAACAUCCCCGAGUUCGACUUGUUGUCCCACAACAUUACCAUCCCCGGUCUUUCUCCUCUCUACCCGGAUGUCCACUGCACUAAGGACUAUGAGGUCUGCCAAUUGAUCACUGGCGAGGCCGAGAUCAAUGCUGCUGCUACCGUCACCACUGUUGCUUUCUCUCCCCUCUUCGACCUGACCAAAACCUACUUCUUCGUGGCUGGUAUUGCCGGUAUCAACCCCAAGCGAGCCACCACCGGCUCUGCAACCUUUGCUCGGUACGCAGUCCAGGUUGCUCUGCAGUAUGAGAUCGACAUUCGCGAGCUCUCCAGUAAUUACUCGACUGGCUACAUUCCCCUGGGUGCCGACUAUCCCGACCAGUACCCCACCAGCAUCUACGGCACCGAGGUCUUCGAGGUCAACGCUAACCUCCGUACCAUUGCUGCCAACUUCGCCCGCCGUGCCAACCUGUCCGACUCGACCGCUGCUAAGGUUUACCGUGCCAACUACGCCAAUGCCAGUGCAGAGUACAAGGCUGCCACCCUUGCCCCCAGCGUUGUCGAGUGUGACGUUGCUACUUCAGAUGUCUACUACAGCGGUAACAUCCUGGGAACCGCCUUCGAGAACACCACCAAGCUGUUCACCAACGGAACUGGCGAUUACUGCUCCACUGCGCAGGAGGACAACGCUACCCUGGAGGUUCUCCUCCGUGCUGCUGUCCACAAGCUGACCGAUUUCUCUCGUAUCAUCGUCAUGCGCACUGCAUCCGACUUUGACCGUCCCUACCCCGGAGCCUCGGCCACUUACAACCUGCUCUACUCUGACCAGGGUGGCUUCGAGCCCGCGUUGGAGAACAUCUACCACGCCGGUAUUGAGGUUGUGCAGGGUAUCCUGCAGGGUUGGGAGAAGACCUUCAAGAAGGGCGUCAAGGCUACCAACUACAUUGGUGAUAUCUUCGGUACUCUGGGUGGUCAACCUGACUUUGGCCCUGGAACUGCCCAGGCUCUGGAGGAGAGCGGUGCUUACAAGAAGCGCAGCUUGGAGAGCCGUCUGCGCCGCCGUGGCUAA